AUGUCAACAAGCGUGGCACCUGGCGGUGGUGCCGAGGCUCCUCUGUCGUCGCCUCGGGGCAAGUCAUACAGCAACUCCGUGUCGCGAUCCCAGUCCACCCGCUCCCGGCCACCGUCUCGUGAUGUCCCCACCCGUGCGGCCUCGCAGCAUCAUCAUUCCUCUUCCCGCCAAUACUCGUCUGGCAACGGCAAGGGCUAUGAACCAGGCGACGACCAAUACCACAGACGCAGCUCUAGCCGUGAUGCCUCGGGCCAACAGGCGCCACCGGCGCCCUCUUCUACCGCCCCCCCACAAGACUCCUCGUCACGGCCGCAUCGGCACAGCAGCCACCGCUCUUCUUCUCGACACGAUCCUUCCUCUCGCCCAUCCGCCGACUCGAACCAGACAGCAGCUGCAGCCGCAGCGGCUGGUGCACAGCCCCAGAACAACGGGCACCAGGACCGGAGCGCCGACUCACGUGCGGCCGCGUCAAGGCCGACUAAAUCGCGCACGACGAUUCCCACGACAUCGGGCAAGUGGAUUCUUGGCAAGGUGAUUGGUGCUGGCAGCAUGGGCAAGGUGCGCCUGGCAACCAAGGAGGAUGGCAAUGAGCAGGUUGCUUGUAAGAUCAUCCCACGAGGCUCGACAGACGACAACCACGCCACCCGCGCCGACAAGGAGCGUGCCGACCAGUCCAAAGAAAUCCGGACCGCCAGAGAAGCGGCCAUUGUCACGCUCCUGAACCACCCCUACAUCUGCGGCUUGCGUGAUGUCGUCCGCACCAACCACCACUGGUACAUGCUGUUCGAGUAUGUCAACGGGGGCCAGAUGCUGGACUACAUCAUCUCCCACGGCAAGCUGAAGGAGAAGCCAGCGCGCAAGUUCAGCCGGCAGAUCGCCAGCGCCCUCGACUACUGCCACCGCAACUCCAUCGUGCACCGUGAUCUCAAGAUCGAAAACAUUCUCAUCAGCAAGACGGGCGACAUCAAGAUUAUCGAUUUUGGUCUCAGCAACCUCUUCGCACCACGCGGCCACCUCCGCACCUUUUGUGGCAGUCUCUACUUUGCUGCGCCCGAGCUCCUGCAGGCAAGAGCCUAUACGGGUCCCGAGGUCGACAUAUGGAGUUUUGGUAUUGUUCUCUACGUCCUCGUCUGCGGCAAGGUGCCGUUUGACGACCAGAGCAUCCCCGCCCUGCAUACGAAGAUCAAGAAGGGGCUGGUCGACUACCCCAACUGGCUGUCCACUGAAUGCAAGCAUCUAUUGUCUCGCAUGCUCGUCACCGACCCUCGCCAACGUGCGACGAUGCAGGAAGUCUUGAACCACCCGUGGAUGCUUAAGGGGUACAGCGGGCCGCCGGAAAACUACCUUCCACGUCGCAGCCCCAUCACUCUGCCGCUCGAGCAGGACGUCAUCAACGCCAUGACCGGCUUCAACUUUGGUUCGCCAGAAGCCAUCAAGGCCCAGCUCACCCAAGUGAUUGAGUCCGAGGAGUACCAGCGUAGCGUUCGUCUGCUCCAAAAGGAGAAGGAGCAGGCCCACCCUCCCAAGGACGCCGAACGCAAGCGCGGCUUUAUCGAUUUCUACAAGCGCCGCAACUCGACGAACAGCCGAGACACCCUCACCACGCCCAGCACCGAAGGCCUUCCCGUGGGUAACGACCCGUUGAAUGCCUUCAGCCCCCUCGUGUCUGUGUACUACUUGGUCCGCGAGAAGCACCAACGCGACCGUUUAGACCAUGUCAUGCCGACGCCAUCGAAGGAGAAGACAAGCGCUGCUCAGUUGCCCGAUAUCGCUCCGCCGCAGGCUGCCCAUACCAACGCGGCAGCGUAUGAGAUGCCGGGCGAGCGGGCAACCGGUGGCCGGACGCGCCCUCGUUCCCGUACCCAUGGCGAGGACGACCAAGUCGAUCCUACUAGAGGAAAAUCCUCGUCCGCUGCCACCGGUGCCGCCGGUGCUGCCGUCGGCGCCGCUACUGCCGGUGUCCUUCUGUCACCGUCCGCGAACCAGGAACAGCACGAUCUGCCCAAGAAGGAGAGCACGGCCGCUGGCAUUCUGCGGCGUUUCAGCACACGGCGCCGCCCCAAGGAGCCCGAGCGGCUCGACAAGGACCGCUCACAUCCGCCCGUCGUCCAGGUGCACUCGCCCCCUGAUCAGGCCUUCCAAAACAAGAGCCAGAGCCAGAGCCAGAGCCAGAGCCAGAGCCAGUCGCAGCAUGUCCCCGUCCCGCCAAGAAAGAGCUUUAGUAUUCGCCGCAGCCGCCGGGACGAAGAGGACUCGCCUGUUUCCCGUUUGCGAUCGGGUAGCAGUCAGCCGGGCCAACAGCACAGGGACCUCCUCAGUCCGCCACUCUCAGCGGGCGACCCAAGUACAGGCUACAAGAAGGGACUCGGACGGUCGACCAGCGUCAGCUCCGCUGAAUUCAGCCGUCGUCGCCAGCCGAUCGGUGGCUCUGCCAGCAGAAUUGCCAAGGAGCCGCCCGCAACGAGCGGUUCUGACCACUCCACCAUCAACGACCGGCUGCCGAGCGGCGGCGAGGCGCAGACAGCCAAUGCCAGCAUGCACGGACGUUCCAUCUCUCUGCGGACAAAGCCGCUCAGCCACGCUCGUAGGGAGAGCAUCCAGGCUCGGCGCCAGCGUCGCGAAGAGGAGCGCGGUCGGGAGGCAAACGUGCCUGAGGAGACAGAUGCCGAGCUCGGUGAACACAGCGGCGUUUCCAACGAGCGGUUGGCCGACUUUGACCUCGACAAGCCUGUCUACCUCAAGGGUCUCUUCAGCGUCUCGACCACCUCUUCGAAGCCGGUUCGCGAGAUCCGUGCAGACAUUAAGAGGGUGCUCAAGCAGCUGGGUGUGGAGUAUGUUGAGAUCAAGGGUGGUUUCAACUGCCGCCACUCGCCGAGUAUCGAUCUGAACAAGGUGGCCGAUGCACCCACGAGCCCCCAGCCCGCCAUGCCUGGCCACCGUCGCCGCUUCAGCUUUGGUGGCCUCCGGGCCGGCGACCAGAGCCGCGACGACAAUGUGAGAGACAACGUCGAGAGAGGGCCCACGACGCCGCGGACCCCGGCAGGUCGCAACGCCGACUAUUCCAACUCGGAUGUCUCUGUGGAUAGCGAUCCCCGGCUGGCACAAGAGUCGACCAACCGCGUGAUGCCGGCGGGCGAGACGACGACCCACGUCCGCAGUGACAUGGGCGGUAACCUGGUCCUGGAGUUUGAAAUCUUCAUAGUCAAGGUCCCCGUCUUUACCCUUCAUGGCGUUCAGUUCAAGCGCCUUAGCGGCAACACCUGGCAGUACAAGAAUAUGGCUGACCACAUUCUCCGCGAGCUGAAGCUGUAG